AAGGGGUGGAUGUUGGUUGUGGUUUAUGUAGAUAGUUGGUGGAAGAUUGGGAUCAUUUGUUUUGUGAGUGUAGGGAAGUUUGGUUAUUAUGGAUGCAGGUGUUGUUGCGGUGGGGUGUGGAGGUGUUUUUCCUAAUACUAUUUAGUGAUUGGCGGAAUAUUGAGUGUUGGGUGUGGGGGGGCAGUUGUGUAGAUAGGAGGUGGCUAGACUUAUAUUUUUGGUGGUAAAUUGGUAUAUUUGGUGCUGGAGAAACCCAGGUAUUUGGGACUGAAUCGUGUUAUAGAGAAAAUAUGUUGGGAUCUAUUCAAGCCAAAACCUUUUUAGGGAUUAAAGGUUAGGAAGUUGGGUGUGCAUUCUCUUUUUGUAAUUGGACUCAAAGGCCGGUGGAUUGUGUAAAGGAAAUUGUUAGGUUCAGAAGAAAUAAGAAGGUUUUCAAAGUGCAGCAAAGUUGAUCGGUUUUAUUUGUAGGAUGGACCUUUUGUUUUGCUAUGUAUUUUUUAUUCAAACUAACAUGCCCAACAUGUAAUGGUUUCUAUUGACUAGGAGUAUUUCUUAUACUCCUAAGUAAUAAAAUUCAGUUUUGUUU